UCACCUCCAACUUACUUCUGCAAAAGUUGAGCUUCACGUAAUAUCUCCUCUUUAUGUUCUUCCUUCUGCAAUUGCUCAAGUCUGAAGGUUACUAUAUAUCCUCAGAUCAACUGGCUAUCUAAUUUUUCACCUUGUAAGGUAAGUUCCAGCAUUUUUUUCUCUCACGAUUAUCACUAUUUCAAUAAUAUUAUGCUAAAAAAUCAGCUCGGUCGGUAUAUUUUAACUAGCUUUUCUGUUAAAAAAAACAAGAGCACUGCGUAUUAUUGCCCACUUUUUUGGUCAACAUAGUAAUAAGCUACAUUGGAGCUGUGUGGAAAUGAUACUGGAAUGAACCUUUUAAUGCAGAUUAGGAAACCUAGUCAGGGUGCCAAACAGCACAGGGCUCGUUCGCUAAAAGUAGGCAAACAAGAAUGUUUAGUAGCUCCUGAAUUGAUUAAUGCUUACAAAAGAAAAACAGCAAAUGAGAAAAUUAGCAGCCAAACGAUUUUGCUUAUUCUUGGUGUUUUCGGCCGAGUACCCGUUUUGACAUGACAUGACACCGACACAGGUACACAGCUGCGUAAAUCCGGAUGCGGCUGAGUGUUUUUUUUUUCCCCAUAACUACUUGACUUGAUCUUUCUUGAUAUUUUCAGGAAAAAGCUUAGAAUCUGUUGAUGAAACUUAACUUCUAGUUGAAGUUUUGUAUCGAUUUGGAAACCAUUUUAGUUGCAGUGCUUUGAAUGGGAGAAGCGACAACACAAAAAAACUGGCUAAAAACCCAAACACCUUGAAGUCUUCCCGUUCCUUGUACUCUACUUUUUCUGGGACAUGAAAAUCAGUUUUUUCAUUUACAUAUCUAACCAAAUAAAAAUAUUUUGAAACUUAGGUGGCAUAUAUCCAAAUUUGGAUACAUAUCCACGUUCUCUAUUUUCAGGCUUGAUGCGCCCGAUCCUUAAAUAUACACCUGUAUCCGAUUCACGAACCCGUGUCUGAGUAACAUAGCACUUACACAACCACCUAUUCUUCUACUUUCAUAUCGAUAACGGGAUCGGCCAUUAAAACUUUUGCAAAAUAAGAAGGCGGCGUUUCUAUCCCCCAAGGCCUUUCGACUUUUCUGCAUCCUUUCUAGUUUGUAUCGUUAUUUGCAAUCAUAUGGAUUGUAGAACAACCUCAAGUUAUGGAUCUGAUAUGAAGAUUUUCGUCAACUACUCAUCAUAUCAAUCCAAGCACUUUUUUGAAGGAAAAUUGCAUAAUGGCAAGCGAGUUGCGGACCCCACUGACUCAGAGUACAGGUUCAAGUUUCUUGAAAGCUUGCUUCAACACUACAAAUGCAUUUCUUGGGAUUGGUCUUCUUACUGUUCCUUAUGCCCUCUCAAGUGGUGGAUGGUUGAGCUUACUACUAUUCUUCCUAGUUGCUGCGAUGGCAUUUUCCACUGGACUGUUACUGAAGACCUGUUUGGAUGCUGAUCCGUCUAUCAGAAACUACCUUGACAUUUCUGAGCGUGCGCUCGGUAAAAAAGGCCGACUCAUAGUCUCAAUUAUCAUGAACUCAGAGUUGUACCUUGUAGCUAUUGGACUUCUGAUACUAGAAGGGGAUAACUUGCACAAACUCUUCCCAAAAUUUUUGAUCAGAUUGGGAACACUAACUAUACCUGGAAUGCAGUCGUUUGUUAUAAUAGCCGCGCUUGUGAUUUUGCCAUCAAUGCUCUUAACUGAUCUGGGCGUACUCUCCUAUGUUUCUGCCACUGGGGUGUUUUCAUGCCUUAUUAUUCUCGCGUCUGUUGUUUGUGUUGGAGCAAUCAACGGUGUUGGUUUCAGUGCAAAAGGAAAAUUGUUAAAUGUUGGUGGAAUUCCUACCGCAGUCAGCUUGUACAUUGUUUGCUUUGCUGGGCAUCCGGUAGUCCCUUCUGUGUAUACUUCCAUGCAAGAUCCAUAUCAGUUUAGUAAGGUAUUGUUAUCUGGCUUUACUGUCACAACCAUCACUUACUUGUCAAUGGCCAUAGUUGGGUAUCUCAUGUAUGGGGAUACUGUUGAAUCACAAAUCACGUUAAAUCUGCCAACGGGCAAGGCAAGUGCAGAAGUAGCAAUUUACACCACUUUACUCAUACCGAUUACAAGGUACGCGUUGAUGUUAACUCCAGUGGCAAAUGGCAUAGAAAGUGGGCUACCAGAAAAUUACAAGAACUGGAGACCUAUUAAGAUACUUAUCAGAAUGGCACUUUUACUAAGCACAGUUGUUUUGGCUUGUGUAUUUCCCCAUUUUGAGUCACUAAUGGCCAUUGUUGGAUCGAUCUUUGUUGUUUUGGCUUCAUUCCUGCUUCCAUGCCUUUUCUACUUGAAGAUUUCUGAUUCCUAUAAUCAGAGUUGGAGUUACAAGACAAUUUGUAUCACGGGGAUAAUCAUAUUUGGAACUGUUGCUGGAAUUUUCGGGACUUGGUUUUCUAUUGCUCAACUUGUAGACGGUUCUUGAUUGUGUUAUAACCUCUGCCAUCAGUUACUUGUGGCAACUAGUCAACAUAUUUUUUAUGAAAUGUGGAUUCAGUUUCUUGUAUGGCA